ACGAGGAGCGGGAUUAAAAAGCCGAUGUGCAGUUGCGUGGCUGCUUCUCCAACCCCCUCCCUCAUGGCAACUGCCUCGCUCGCCUCACAGGAUUGCCUUCAUGACCUUGACUCUGUUUCCUAUCCGACUCUUUUUUGCUGCUUUUAUGAUGUUGCUGGCCUGGCCUUUUGCAUUCAUUGCUUCAAUGGGAUCUGACGAGCAAGAGCUUGAAAAGCCCCUCUCCGGGUGGCGAAAGGUAGUGGAUAUUUUGCUGAAAGCAAUCAUGAGAAUGAUGUGGCUUGCUGGUGGAUUCCAUUGGAUAAAUGUAAAAGGCAGACAGGCGUUGCCAGCGGAAGCAGCAAUAUUAACUGUGGCUCCCCAUUCUUCCUACUUUGAUGCCAUUCCAGUAACUAUGACCUUCGCCUCCAUUGUGAUGAAAGCCGAAAGCAAAGAUAUUCCUGUUUGGGGAACUCUAAUCAAAUACAUCCGACCAGUAUUUGUAUCUCGCUCAGACCAGGAUUCUCGCAGGAAAACUGUUGAAGAGAUUAAGAGACGUGCUCAGUCUGAUGGUAAAUGGCCACAGAUAAUGAUAUUCCCAGAAGGCACUUGCACAAACCGAUCCUGUCUAAUUACAUUCAAGCCUGGAGCAUUUAUUCCUGGAGUUCCUGUACAGCCAGUGGUUUUACGUUAUCCGAACAAACUGGAUACAAUCACGUGGACGUGGCAAGGGCCAGGAGCGUUAGAAAUUCUAUGGCUUACUUUGUGUCAGCUUCACAAUUCUGUGGAAAUUGAGUUUCUACCUGUGUAUAUUCCUUCAGAAGAAGAAAGAAAAAAUCCAGUGUUAUAUGCCAAUAACGUCAGACGUGUAAUGGCAGAGGCAUUGGGAGUUCCAGUGACAGACUACACAUUUGAAGACUGUCAGCUAGCUUUGGCUGAAGGACAACUUCGUCUGCCUUCAGACACGUGUCUUUUAGAAUUUGCAAAGCUUGUGAGAAGCCUUGGGCUGAAGCCAGAAACACUCGAAGAUGAUCUUGAUAAAUAUGCUGCAAGUGCCAUGAAAAUGAAAAAAGAAAAGGUCGAUCUCAAAGAAUUUUCAGCAUACUUGGAAUUUCCAGUUUCUCACACGUUAGAAAGUAUGUUCGCACUUUUUGACGAGAAUGAAGAUGGCAUAAUUGACGUUCGGGAAUUUGUCAUUGCUCUGUCAGUUGUCUGUAAGCCAUCAAAAACUCUGGAAACAAUUCAGUUGGCAUUUCAGCUGUAUCAGUCAGAAAAUGGAACUAUAACAGAAGAGGAUUUAGCUCAUAUUCUGAAGACUGCCAUGGGUGUAUCACAGAUUGAUGUUACACACCUUUUUAGAGCUGUAGAUGAAGAAGAAGAAGGAGAGAUUACGUAUGAUGACUUCCACAGAUUUGCUGAAUUGCACCCAUACUUCGCAGAAGACUAUCUCUAUGCUGAUCAGAUGGGAGAUGAGAAUGGCUUGGAGACUUCAUCUCUUUCUGCUCCUAAUGGUAUCUGUACUGACUUCAGCCCUGAAAACCCUGAAGUUAAAAACAAGCACCUACAGAAGAAACUGAAUUAACACUACAACUGUUACCUUCCUCUCCUGGUGAGAGGAUUGUCUUUUCUUGGGAUUUUCAUAAGUCACUCCAACUAUACAACAAAUACAUUUUUGUGUGUGAAAGUUCUUCUACCUUAAUACAGUUCUUUGAAUCGUAUGUGCUAUAUUUAACAUGUUCCAGGUUACUUUGGGGAAGAUGGGGUUUUUGGGGGGUUUUUUGUGUGUUUGUCUGUUUGUUUUUCCAAAAACGUCUUUGAAAGGCAAAAAUGUGAAUGUGCUUCAUUAUUAAUGUUCAUAUUUAAAAGGAGGCGGCACACUUAUUUAUAUUCCAUUGGCUAGUUUUCAUGUACAAAGUGUCGCACAAACUGUGCAUGUAUAAAGAAACUGUAGCUACUAUGGUGUUAAGUGCACUUUGGUGAUUAGUGUUUUCCCUAGCUACGGGGACGUUUAUUUGGGGCCAAACUUUGCUGUCCAUAUUUGCAUAGUCAGUCUUGUUGAUUUCAGUGGGAUUAUUCUCAAGCAAGGCAAGCAUAUUUUGGCCCUUUGUUUUGGUUUCAGUGAGCAGUUUGGAAACAAUAAUGCAAAAACUUGCUAAGGAUUACUUUUUAUUGUUGAAUGGCAAAAUUGUUUCUCUUUCAGUCGAUUCCAUGGUAGAAUGAAAAGGAAAGGCUCCUUACCCCUCACCCCAACACUUUUCUACUGUUGUCAUUCGGAUGCAAUUAAACGUGAUUUUUUUCCAAACUGACAACCACAUACUAUCUGCAAAUAUGUGACAAAACUGUGCUGCUUUUCUAAUAUUCAAUUCAAAUCAUGUCCACCCAACGUUUAAAUGGGAGACGUUUACACAAUAGUAUUUAAUCUACCUUUAUCAGGAAUCCCAGGUUUCUUUUGUAGCAAACCUGUAUAUACAGAUAACUUAGCAUGGAACACACUAUGAAAACUUUGUGUCAGCCCAAGUUUGCAAAGGUUGCAGUUAGUUCAGAGGCCAAGCCAGCAACAAAUUGCAGAACAUCCUGAAGAGAGAAAUGCUAGUUAAAUCUUUCUAGCAACAUUAAAUGUACUGCAUAUAAUUUCUUAUCUUUCCUUUUGUAAAGCCACAUGCCUUAAUUAGCAAUGGAGGUCUCAAAGAAAAAUUUAUUAGAAAACCACAGAGUUUCACUGAUUAGGAAAUGUGACAAAAGCCUCAAGGAGUAGGAAGGAGGACUCUGUCACAAAAUAACUCUGAUGGCAGCUCUACUUCCAGAGAAACAAAAAUUACUUUCAGACCAUAAUAUGGUCUUAAAAUAUGAUGGUUUUGUGAUUGGAAAACUUGAGAUUUGAAUCUUCCACAUUAGAGUAAUUUAAAACGAGAUUUGAAAUGCAGGAGUUUUAGCAGAAGGAAAGGAAAUUUAUUUGUUUGUACCAAAUGCUCUUAUUACUAUUUCUUAAAUAGCAGGAGGUAUUUUAGAGCUCAUUAGGGUAUUGAAACGUGUCCUUAAAAAUCCCUAACUGAACGUGGCAAAUCUCCAAACCAAAACUGGCUUUAAUAGAAAGGCCGGGGAGGGGGAUGGGGGGAUAAGUAAGAAAUUAUGCUUUUUGUGGGGUAUGUAGAGGUAGGUCCUUAUUUGGAGAUAGUAACUAAACUUUUGAUUUAUCUAGGUAAUGCAUGCCAAGCUGACAGGGCUGUAGCAGACAGGCAGACAAGAUACGAGUUAAAACUGAUCAUGAAAAAUAGGAGAAAUGGUUUGGAAAAAUAAGGCAUGUGAGGAAUUACACUUAGGUAGGAAUAGUCAGCAGCACAAACAGAGGAGGGAGUGGGUGUUACUGCAUAAGACAUCUUGGGGCAGAGAUGGUACAGAGUAUGACAAACUGAACACCAUCUACUCGUUGCUGCAGAAAAGAUACUCAUUAUGGUUGGACGCAUCAACGGUGCAGCCUGUGAGAAGUGUGGUGGUGGUUCUGUGUUACCAAGGUGUGUAAGCCCUUACUUGAAGUACCUGCACAUGAUGGGAGUAGUUGGAUAGAGUCUGGAGGACAGAAAAUACUCAAAAACGAGGGAAAAGAAAAAAAAGGAGACUGACGAAAGAUGUGAAAACAGUUUACUGAUAUGGAAAAAGUUGCUAUGGAGAAGACGGGAGCAGUCUAUUCCUCCAUGUUGAUGGUAGAUACAGGCUAUUCAUUUAAAAAGUAAGUUAAGCAUUAGGAAAAUGUCCUUACAAUACAUCUAGUUAAGCUAAGGAGAAUUGGUUAUUCCAGGUGGGGUGAGGAGCCUUCCUUCACUGGAGGUUUUGAAAAUAUGUGAUUUUGCUGAUUGUGCCCCAGGAUCAUAGGAAUAUGUCCCAAGACCCGCUUUCUGUGAUUAUACAGUGUGUAUUUUAGUCUGUAUGUAAGGGAGGAAAGCACAUAAACUGUAGUCUGGGCGUAUGACAUGUCUUCUACAAGACUUUUUAUGGCAUUUGGCUCAAGCUGUCUAAGGUAGUUAUCUUUUGCUUUGUAUGUGAGCUUGGGAAUCGGAGAAUUUCAGAGUGCAGGGGAUGAGAUAGAGUGCCCCAAGACAUCUGUCUGAAAAGAAGAAAAAAAGGUAAGCUUAGUAUCUCAUGGACAGGUUUGGGUGAGAGAAGCUCCAGAGGACGAGAUAUUCUGUCCAUACAUGUGAAAGAACAAAGAAACCUGAUUGAAGUUGGGUAAAUAAGAGUGUGCCUAAUUUGUGUGCAGCGAAGCUGUGCGGGGCGCUCGGGCUGAAGGGCGCUGCAGCCUCCAAUAGACGGGGUGUGGUGAAGAGGCACUGGAAGUCACACACGUCAGUGAGUUCCAGCCAGAGCUGCCCGUGACCAGUGCCUUGUUUGCUUGGUGAGCAAGUACUCCUGUGGAAACAACCAUUUAAAGACAAAACAAACAAAAAAAAAGCAAACCACAAAAUAUCGCUUAGAUUCCGCAAUAAAUUGCGAUGCACCCUCUUUUGUGAGGCUAGUGAAUGAGGUAGAGACAUAAUAUGAUGAAUUACAGAGUGGAGUCCUGAUUAGCCUGCAUGGAAACACUGUGAGAUCACAUAAGGUCACAAAACCCGAGAUCAGUUAAUAUAAUUCAGGUGAUUUUACUCUCUGUAGAAUCUAAGACUAUAAUAUUAGAGUACCUUGUGGUGGGAGGGGUGGUAAUCUCGCAGUUUAGUGAGGGCUGAGAGCUGUCAGGCGUGGCUGCAGCUCUGUCCUUACAGCUCAGCUGGCAACUCCCGCUGCUGGAACGGCUCAGUAGUUCCACGUAAGGAGCCUUUUGAAAAGGCACCAAGCCUGCAACAGCUGGGUUGUGACAGCCAAGUUUCAGUGGCUUGCUGCAAUGUCAGGGUAGAACUGAAAGCUUCCUUUCCCCUUCAACAAAUAUUGACAUGCAAAUGCUUUCAAUUACAAUAUUACAGGUUUUACAAACACAUUGUUUCACUUUAACUGGCAAUAUCAACAGCCCCUAAAUUUACAAGGAGGCAUACAAAGAAAUUACCUCAGUUCUUUGCAACAAUUUAACUUGAUAAAUGAUCCUUAGACAAAAAAAAAUGCAGGAAUGUGGAGGCAUUUGGCGUUUCUGAUGAGCAUUUUAUUACUUUUAUGCAAUACUGCCAACCCUUGUGAGUACAGCUCAUGCAUCGGACUGAAAUUGUGUAUAGUGUAUGGGAGACCCAGCCAAAGCUUUGCUAUUCUGAUAUGGUUGAGGUAGUACACUCUGUAUUUUGAAUGUAUUUGAGAUAACACAGAAAGUCACAAAAUCCAAGUUAUCUAAGAAGUCUUUUUUUUUUUCUUUAUUUAUACUUCUUCAAACGUAAUAAAACUCCACUAAAAACACACAAAAACUUAGGAGGUGCAAAGUAUGUUUAAACCACAGUAGGGCAUGUGCUAUUAUAGAUUUCUCAGGAGUCCUCCACUGCAAGUGGAUACAUUUAAAAGGCGUUAGGCAUUACAGGCAAUUUGUAAACCCUAUGGAGAAAUUGGGUUGUAAACUAAAUUAUAUGCCAGUAAAUUACGCUAUCUGAAUUACGUUUCGAUGCAUUUAUUGUAGCUAGACUAAUCGUCCUAUGAUAAAAGCAAUCGGGCUUCUGUGUGUGUUUGCUAAUCCCACUUGGAAGGUAUAAAUCCUUAGGUCACAAAGGUCGAACAGGAGACACGUGUGCAGGAAGGAAGUGAUGCAGACUCUUUACUGGCAAAGCUGACGGAAGUAAAUAGUUUUAUACGUGGCUAUUUAUUAAUGUUUUCAUGCAAACUGAAUAAGUUUGUUUGCUGGUUUAAGCAUUGGGCUGGAUGGAAUAUGUUUUUAUUCAUAAUAAGUAGUAAAAUGGUUUUCUGGAAGAGGGAUUGUUGCCAGCAUUUGCAUAGCUUGAUAAAUUUUCUAAAGCAGAUGCACUUUUAUUCAUUUAUCAGUUCCCUUACAAUGCCAUCUUUGGUAUUGCCAUUAAGUUAUUUUUAUUACGUUGUAUUAUCAUGUGGUAAGUACAGCUUUUUGUGUUGACUGUUUUCAGUCAUCCUGCUCUCCACUCCUUCAAAAAUGGUAUUCUCAUUUAAAAAAAAUAUAUAAAAAGAGGAGUCAAGUUCUGCAACUUCUAUUCUUUGAGUGCCACGUGCUGUAGAUCUCAGAGAAACUAUGUGAGCACAGCUUUGCAUAUAUUAUGGGAUUGAACUGGGAUGCCUAAAAAAAGGUCUGAUGAAAACUCUAAUGAAGUAAGUUUAAUUUUCCUUUAGAUCAGAGUGAAGAUUAUAAGACCUUUUGAAACGUGUUUUGCUUCAUGUGAACCCUCUGCUUUUUUUUCUAGCAGCACUUUCAUGAAUGUGCAAGCAUUUAGAAAUUAUAAAUAUGUUGGCCAAGAGUUUUACAUUAGCAAAAUUUAACUUUGGCUCCUAAGUUCAUACUGAAGCACAGAAGUUCCCUGUGAACCAAGCACUUCAGAUGGUUUAUUAUGUUUUAGGUGUCUGAACUUCAGCUAAUUUGGAAAACUUCAAUUACCUGAUUAUUAUGGCUAGAUCCUUUACCAAACAAAAGGAGGAAGAGUAGGUCCAACAAUUUGAAAUGUAAAGUAAGAAUUUGUAAUCAGUGCCACCGAUAAUUAAAUAGAUUAAAUAGUUAAUCAGUCUAGCAAGACCACAAGAUCUGUUUCACAGAUGAGCAGAAAGACUGAGAUCGUCAUUCAGGUCAUUUUGCAGUCCCAGCUAGGUAGAAAUUUAGCCAGCAGUUCUUCAGUCAGAGGAUAAUUCCUUGAAGGUCCUGGAGCAUCGUGUAUCUCAGUAAGGUCCAGCUCACGGGCAGCGCAGCCAGCACCAUUUCAUCUCCUCUCCCUGCCUUUUUCCUAUGGGGACUGGAAAAAAGUAUUCCAACUGUGACAGGAGCCUUGUAAGAUCUCCUUAAAGGUAAAACUCUCCAGCACCACCUCAGAGGAAAAAAGAUGAUUGUUCUGUGCUAUAGCUAAGGCAGCAAACUGGGUAUACGCGUUAGUCGUGAUCAAAACGUGCAUAAAUUAUACAAUAUUGAGGUAAAACUACUGAGAGAAUGCAGCAGCCCUUAGGCGUGCCUGGACCUGCACCUGGGAAUAUUUCCUGCAUCUUGUAGUAACCAAGACAGUUUCUUUCUCUAGGAAACCCUUCAGAUUUAUUUCAAGAUAUUAAUUAUUUUGUCUUCCAUGAGUAGAGCUGUUUGCUUUGUAGAAAACAGCUUCUUUUUCCCCAGAUGGUAUCGUGUGCUUUAUCAUGGGUAAUGGGAUUAAAUUCAAGUGGGUGAUAUGAAGAGAGCGGAGGAUUUGAGAGGCUUAUAAAACGGAGGGGCUGUGUUUCUGUGAAACACACUGAGACCUUUUCACAGCAAUUGACACUCUGUCUUGUAAAUUCAUUAGGCAGAAUAAUUUUGCUGCUUGUUGCAUUUUCUUUAGCAAAGUGGCAGAGCAGAGAGCACUCCUGUGCGGGUUAAGUGCGGGAGGCAGUUAGAUGUAUUUGCAGUUUCCUAAUGGUCAGUCUCUGGGAACGGAAACAGUGGAAUCACCUUAGCACAGGUCGCACCCAAGUAAGUGAUUCUGUUAAUUAUUUUAGUUGGUUUCAGGUUUGGUUUUUUUUUUUUUACCAAUGUGGUUGUCAUAAUUCUGUAUUCUGAACUAAAUUGCACAUGGCCAUACAAACAUCCCGGCUUCUUUGAGGUUGGCUUGGGGAUCUCGGAAAAGGUGCUGUAUGAUGAUCUGUGGAUGUAGCACUAAGCUUCAGCUCUCACUUUGGUGAAAAAAUGUUAGAAGCAAGAAGAAAAUCAUAAUGACUUUUGUUAUUUUAAUAAUAAAAUGGGAAUAUUAUUUUGAUACUAUGAAUGGGCUGAUAUUUGAGAGUUCUGAGCCAGAGUCAGCUGGAGAAAAAUGAGGUCGAACUUCUGGUCCUGAGCCAGCAAGUAGUAAAGCCCAUCAAGGCUCGUGUGGCAGCGACACUGUCACUGUGCCGCUGGCCUUGUCCCACAGUAAAGAAGGACCUUUUCUGCCCCUUGGGCUGGUGAAUUGGGUUGUGUGUGUCCCUAGCUCGUGCUUCUGCUGCCUGUUCUUGUAGGUGUGCUGCAGCCUGAGGGAGGCCUCACUGCCUCUUCAGCUGAAGUGACAUUCGUGGACGUUCCUCCCUGAGCUGUAAGGAGCUGGUGGAUAUUAAAGUCACAUCCUGGUGAUGCCACCCAAAGCUAAGGGCUCCUUACUGCUUCAGCAGUUUCCUUUUCCUGCACUUUAACCAUUGCAGGUGUGUCCAGGUGACAGCAGGUCUGAAAGAGCUUAGGAGAUUCUCCUUGUUCCUAUGAACAAUAAGAAAUUAAAUUUAGAAAUAUAAAUAGAUUAAACUGGACUGACUUCUGACUCACUAUGUCACUUUCAGUGUGCACCUGUUUACUUCCAAGUUCAAAUGCAGCAUCUAUAAAUGUGAUAGCAAACAAAGUCUAAGUCUCCUCAUGGACACUGAAGAAAGCAGAAGUUCAGACACUUUUCAUCCUACCAUGGUACUGGAAAUUAAAUUCAUCUGACAAUAGCUUAUUUCUAAGUCUAUGAAUGUAUAUGGGGAAAACCCAAAUACAUGUCUUUUAUUCGCUAUCCAGCAUGAAGACAAUUUUGUAUUUUAAAUGCUGAAGAAAUAAACUUGUAAAGAUCUUGUAAGCCCUAAGUAUAUAUUUUUGUCCUACGUUUUCUUUUAUAAUGAAGUUCAAGCAAAAUAUUUCUUAUAUUUCAGAAGGGAGGUUUAGGUUAGCCAGUGCUGUACUUUCCAGACUACAAAAGCAGUUUUUAAGUAAACAUGUAAAAAUGAAAUUGUAUUUUUCAAUAUGUGGAUUAGCACCCUUAAGUUAAACAUUUCUCCUUAGCAAUUGUAUAUACUUAGACAAAAAGCAAAACCGUUGCGGCUGCUUGUCUGUAGUUGUUUGUGUUUGGUGAUUUGUUUAUAUUGCUUCCUCUAAUUGCUCUAAGGGUAUUAAGAGCUCCGUUGUACAUCAGUAACGUUAGAAAUAGAAGUCAGAAGUACAUUUCUUUAGGAGUGAUAGGUUUUGUUUCCUGGAGGAGGACCAAGACGAAGCAUCUGCUGACUUUGUAUUCCGUACUACGCGACUUGGAUGGUGCGGCAUUGUGCUGGAAGUACUUGGCAUCUGCUCAAUGGGACCAUUUUCUAAACCUUUUUGUAAUUCCCAGCGUUUCUCCAGGUGUGCAACACAUUUCUAAUUUGAUCACAGGUACUAGUUCAUCUUUUUGGAAGAAGCAAAUUGAGCUUUCAACAAGUUGAGAAAUAAUUUAGAAAAAAUAAAAAUGUUUUUGAUCUCUUGAAUUAUUGUUAAACUUGCAUUGAGGAUAUAAUUUAUAUAUUUUGGAAAAAAUAUUGCUAUGUUUUUGAAUACACUUGAGAAUUUAAAUGCAGAAGAAAAAAAAAAGUUAACCUUUUAAACAAUCAGAUUUUGGAAUUUUCUCUGAACGGCUACUGACUCCCAGGUAGGCACUGCCAUGAAGAGGAUGCUUUUAGCUGAAGCCCUGUGCCCACAGAGCAGGCAGCUGCUGUGUGGGACCUCGCUGGCAGGGUGUUGUGUGCUUGUUCCAUCCCUGCUGCAGCUGCUGCCGGCGUCCAGGCUGCUCUGGCAGCCCUGCGCCGCUUACAGACGUGUACUGGCCGCAAGCUUUUUAUUAGAAUAGCCCUUGGAUAUGCAGUGUAAAUCUGUAAUGAUACAUAGUGCUACUGGAUGAUGAUGAUAAUCUGAAUGCCUAUUUUCUGCUGUAAAUUUCCCUCCUAUGGUUAUGUGUACAUAGACUAUUACCUUUGCACUGAACUGCCUGUACUUCGCGACUGAAAAGCAAAACCCAGUAAUGUACUAAAGAUGGCUGUAGCUUGUGGUUCCAAUUGGGGAAAUACUUCUGCAGAAUGAAAAGUAUAGCUUCAGUGCUACAAAUUUGAUUUUUAUAUUUUUUAUUAGCAUGCAUGGAAGACUAAGGAUAAUAUUUUUUAAAAAUGAACUUGUUUUUGUACAUUUUUCAAUGUUUAAAACUCUAUGAUUUAACAUUACCUCUGAAUGCCAGUGAUCAGUAAAUUCUUCAAGGAAAUACCUCAAUUUGAGCAUUCUUUUCUUGUUAGUUGUCUGAUAGGUUGAAAUGGUCUAUAGCGCGUGAUGAACUGAGCCAAAUGAUGUAGAGGCUUGACCCAUGCUAGAUGAGUCAUAUGCUGAUUUACAUAAAGGGAACUAAAUGAUACACUACAGGUGUUGAUGUGCAGUAUACAAUCAUGGCUCAUUCUGCCCAACUUGGACCCAUUUUCCUUAUGAAUGGCUUGUAAAUUGAAUUUUCAGCGUGAAGCCAAAUUAAAAAUGAAUCAAAAAAAA